AAAUCUGUUUGCUAUAUAAAACACAGGGCAGGGGUGUCUUGAGAUGUAAUGAACAGUUGGGUGUAAAACAUGCAAAGUUUAGACAGCAAUUUAUCAUGCAAUCUCUCCUGUGUAAUAAUUAGCUCUUGUAUUUUAGUGUUCUGGUAGCACACUCAUCCUCGAGUGGGGAUAUACAAUACUGUAUUACUUACUGGAAACAGUGGACUGGGCCCCACCCUGGUCUCUGGCAUGCUGCCUCUGCUGAUGCCCAGAGCCUCGAUGUUGAAGGUGAAGGCAGCCACUCCACGGCCCCUGCCUGCCAUGGCUGCAAGCCAGCGACUCGACCUGCAUCAGCACACACAUGUCAGCUCUAUACAUGCGGUAAAUGUCAGGGAAUAGUUGUAAUUCUUUAUAUUUUAUGUAUAUAUACAUAUGUAUAUAUAAUUUUUGCCAUGCUGUCCCAAACUCAAGCUCCUUAUACAAACAAGUUAUACCAUCAGGAAAAUGCACUUAAAAUACUGUACUCACUGAGUGAGAGUGCUUGGAAGAAAGGCUAAUAAGUCGUAGAGAAAUUGAAUUCUACUAUGAACUUGGGGUAGUAAUAAUAUAUAUAUAGGCCUACAUAUGAAAAUAGACUAACUCAGGCAACUUGCUAGCCAAUCUCACACACGGGUGAGCAAAAAACAGCCUUUCUCAUCGUGCACGCCUUGUGGUCAUUUGUGACUUUUAAGCGCACCGCCCAUCGCUGACGCUGCAGAAAAGCCCUGCCAAUAGCAGCGGCUUUAAGCCUACCGUCAUUUGCUUAGGUCCAAUGACCUCAUUCUCCUCCCCUAAGGGUGUGUCUGCGGCCACCAUCGCGUCACCCUCAAUGAAAUACACUACCUUUAGCAGUACGGCUAGUAGCAGCUGUUUAACACCUGACGGCAAAAUCCUUCUGUAGCAGCCUUGACAGGUGCAGAAACUGGGAUGGCUGCGGCCGACUGGUACGCGCACAAAUCGCUUGGGGACGGACUCUUCUGGAUCCAGGAGCGGUUUUAUCAGUCAGACAACAGGGCCAACAUCUGGCUGCUGCGCGGCACACACCAGGACGUGGUAAUAGACACUGGCCUUGGCUUGAGGAGCUUACCUGAAUACAUCGACGCUAAAGGGCUACUGGGCAAGGAUCCGCAGCGAAAGAAUCCGCUGCUGGCUAUUGCCACCCACGCCCACUUCGACCAUUCUGGUGGCCUGCAUCAGUUCCAACAGGUGGGCGUCCACAGCGCAGAGGUGGAUGCUUUGGCAAACGGGGACAAUUUUGAGACGGUUACCUGGCUCAGCGACAGAGAAAUAGCUGAAGCCCCAUGUCCAGGAUGGAGAGCAAGGAACUACAAAGUCAAGGCCGUGCAGCCGACCCAUAUACUGCAAGAGGGUACGUCACACUUACAGCAUGUCACAGGUGAUGUAAUUAAUCUGGGGGACAGACAGCUGACCGUGUUGCAUAUGCCUGGUCACUCUAGAGGCAGCAUUUGCCUUCAUGACAGAGAGAACAAACUGCUCUUCAGUGGAGAUGUAGUGUAUGAUGGUGCCAUGAUUGACUGGCUGCCCUACAGUCACGUAAGUGACUAUAUCAGUAGUUGUGAGCGCCUUGUGGGUCUUGUGGACAGUGAACAGGUUGAUCAAGUCCUUCCUGGACAUUACAAUGCAUUUGGUGCAAAGCGUCUCCAUCGGAUUGCAACUGGAUACAUCAGCAGAGCAGAAACCUGUCCUGCUAAGUUCUCCACAUUUGCUUGGAGGACGCUUGCUGGUGUGGCUCUGCGAGCUUUCAACCCACGUAGUGCCUGCUAAUAAGAUGUCACACCUUAGAAGAAGAAGCACAGCUGCACAAAAAACAUGAAUGGACAGUAUUAAAAUGGGGUAAAUUAUCUUUGGGUUUAAUGUAAUAUUAUUCACUUAUGUAGCCCAGCACAAAAUAUAAGAUUGCCAAACCUAAACGGCUUACAUAAGUCAAUAAUCAGCAAAAUAUUAAGCAUAUUAUACCAUAUAUAUGUAUUUAUUAAUGUUAUUCUGUAAAUAUUGUUUUUUGUUAUUUAUGUAUCAACGUGUUUUAUAUUUGAAAUGCUGUUAAGCUAUAAGAGCACACUAAUGGUAUUAGUACACUGCACUGCAAACUAAAAGCAGGAUGCAUUGGAAAUUCCUUUGACACAUUUGAAAAUGAGUAAGAGUGGCCAUAAUUCUAGUCUAUGCAUAUAACCGUGAACGCAGUGUCAACUACCUCCUUUGUAAGAGUGCUUUGUACUACAGAGAAACCCAAGGAUAUCAGCAUGGGCAAUAAAGCCUCUCUUGUAACUGCA